AUGGGUUUAGAAUUAAUUAUAUUCCACGUAAAAGAACAUAAACGGAUGCCCUCGGGUGCACAAGAAUUUAAAGAAAACGUUAAAAGAGAUGCUAAAAAUCAAUUACAAAACGAAUUGAAAAAUUUAAGGGAAACAGUUUCGGAAGAGGAAAGGAUAAAUAUUGAAAAACAACACGAUGGAUUUUCAAGACUUUUCGAAAGGUUUCUCGAAGAAGGUGGUCCAUCGGUGGAUUGGAAUAAAAUUGAAAAAUUACCACCGGAAGCGAUUAUCAAUCAUCAAGAUCUUCCAGAACCAUCUUCGGAUGAAAUAUGUCGUAUGUUAAAUAAAUUAAUAGUUGUUAAAUUGAAUGGAGGAUUAGGGACUUCAAUGGGUUGUCACGGACCCAAAUCCGUCAUUCCCGUCAGAAGCGAUUUUACAUUUUUAGAUUUAACCGUACAACAAAUUGAAUAUUUGAAUAAAAAAUACAACGUCGACGUCCCACUCGUACUCAUGAAUUCAUUCAACACGGAAGAAGACACGGAAAAGAUAAUACAAAAAUACAAACACUUUCGUCUCAAAAUAUACACUUUCAAUCAGAGUUGUUACCCGCGAAUAAAUCGCGACACUCUCAUGCCCAUGCCGACGAGCAUAAACGUGAAAAAAGAUAUAGACAAAUGGUAUCCUCCGGGUCACGGUGAUUUUUACGAAAGUUUUCGAGAUUCUGGUAAUCUCGAAAUGUUCAUAAACGAAGGACGUCAAUAUUGUUUCAUAUCGAAUGUUGAUAAUUUAGGCGCGACCAUUGAUUUAAAAAUUUUGGCUCUCGUCAUGCAAGAAAAAGAAAAUUCACCGGAAUUCGUGAUGGAAGUCACGGACAAAACGCGAGCCGACGUUAAGGGAGGUACUCUGACAUUUUACGAAAACAAAUUAAGACUAUUAGAAAUAGCUCAAGUGCCGGAAGAACACGUGGACGAUUUCAAAUCGAUAAAGUCCUUUAAAUUUUUCAACACGAACAAUCUCUGGGUCAAUUUGAAAGCAAUGAAAAGAAUAUUGGAAGAGAAAACUCUCAACAUGGAAGUCAUUGUCAAUCACAAACACCUCGAAUCGGGUUACAACGUGAUACAACUCGAAACGGCCGUGGGUGCCGCCAUGAAAUGUUUUAACGGUUGCGUCGGAGUCAACGUUCCGAGAAGCAGAUUCCUUCCGGUUAAGAAAACAUCCGAUCUCAUGUUGGUCAUGAGUAAUUUGUACAAUUUAAAAAAUGGAUCCCUGAGCAUGAGCCCGAAAAGAAUGUUUCCGACUACGCCUUUGGUUAAAUUAGGAGAUCAACAUUUUUCAAAGGUAAAAGAUUUUUUAUCUCGUUUCGCAACCAUACCGGAUAUCAUAGAAUUAGAUCAUUUGACCGUUUCGGGAGACGUCACGUUCGGACGUAAUGUCACUCUUAAGGGAACCGUCAUCAUAAUAGCCAAUCACGGUGACAGAAUAGAUAUACCCUCAGGAGCGUGUUUAGAAAAUAAAAUAGUUUCUGGAAAUUUAAGAAUAUUGGAUCAUUAG